AUGAGCUGUUGGACUCUGCACCUGGACACUUUUCCUAUGUUUGGACGCAGUCACGCGAAAAGUAAUUUUUUUCAUGUUCACAACGAUCACUGCCGACCCAAUGCAAGGUCUCACAUUUGUACGGAAAACAUUUCCUUGGCCUCAUUACCUCUCUUGACGCAUGACGUAACGGAUGCAACGAAAAGGUCUAAUCACUGUAAUUUUGCUUCAUGGGGUCCGUUGGAAUUGCCUUUUCAGCCUUUGGGCGUUUACCGGUGGAUGUAUUUGCAGCAUUCGCCUCUCUCUUCGAUAUCUACUUGCAUUUCCAGUUCGGGCACUACUCGCUCUCGGGAUAGCUCAUCGCAGGGCUCCUUCCGCGAAGAAAUGUUGGACUUGGAACGGAAUGUUGACGCAUUUUACCGCGUGUGUAAUGCAUUUUCCGGUGGUUCAUUAGGCAUUGUGUGGCAUUUUCCUCUCUUUCUGUUUGAUUCCAAAAAGCGCAAGAUUGGCGGCUAUUGGGUUGGGUUGGGACGGGAAGCUCGAUGGACAGAAGAAUAUCUUUCAUCUUUUGUGAUGGGAUGGCGCGGCGGCACUGCUAUUCAACGAGUGCAUACCGCAAUACGAAUUAAGGCAUGA